AUGCAAAAUAUACUCAUCUGCAUAUACUUGGUGACGGUGGCCACGGCCGCCAAAUUACCUGCCAAUUUUAUGAAGUGUAACCCGAAGCGAAGCGACUUCGAUCAGUGCUUGCCAAAGGCCGUCGAAAGCGCCAUCAGGCAGCUUUACCAGGUGUACGAUGAGCUGAAUUUGACAGUCACGGAGCCUCUGGACGUGGCUGCUUUGACUAUAGAUGCCGGAUCUGGACCCAUGGGGACAAAGCAAGUCUACAAAAAUUUGAAAACGGCAGGUUUGGAAGAAAUUACGUGUUCAAAAGCAGGUUUUGAUUUCGACAAGAAGAGGCUGAGUUUGCAAUGUUUGAUACCGCGGUAUGAAUUGACUUUUGAUUAUGAGCUCAGUGGGAAAAUUUUGGUCCUGCCUAUAACAGGACGAGGGCCUGGCUUGAUCAUUCUACAUGAUUAUAAGCUUGGGUUGGUUUUUGACUUGAAGGAGUACGAGAAAAAAGGGAGAAGAUAUUAUCAAGUUGUUGGUCAUAAGUUGGAUAUUGAUCCGAAACUUAUUGAGGUUAAGUUGGAUAAUCUGUUCGAUGGUGACAAGGCUUUGGGUGACGGAAUGAACCAAGUGAUGAAUGAAAACUGGAAGGAGCUUUUUGAAGAUGUUAAAGCGAGUUAUUCUGAGGCUUUCGGGAGCAUAUUUGCCUCAAUUUUUAAUCGUUUGUUAGCGAAAGUGCCUAUUAGUGAAUUAUUUGGGGACAAUUGA